UAGUAUAUGUAGAAUUCUCUCCGACAAACCCACACAAUAAGAAGCUUGGAUCCCGAGAAAUCAACAUCUUCUCCAUAACAUACGAUCGCGAUCGAUUUCUUGCAUGACAUUAAACAUUAGGUCGGCCAGAUAUUAAACGGCUGGUACGGUACCAUGGCAGCAGACUCACCGCCUCGGCCACCUAACCAAGACAACUCGCCCUCACCCUCGCGCGAACACGAGCAGCAAUUUCCGCUCCCCGCCAUCCUGACUUACCCCUCCUCGACCCCGCCAUACCUCAUAACCCAGGGCGCCGAGGCGCGACUCUACAAGACAACCUACCUCCUCCCCUCCAUCCCCGCCGCGCUCAAGUACCGCCCGCCCAAAGCAUGGCGACACCCCGUCCUCGACGCGCGAUUGACGCGCCACCGUAUACUAGCCGAAGCGCGCAUCUUGGUGAAGUGCCGUCGCGAGGGUGUCCCUGUCCCGGCUGUGUACGCCGUAGACGAGGCUGCCGGGUGGAUGAUGAUGGAGUGGGUGAAGGGUGCGCCGGCACGCGUGGGGAUAAACGAGUGGUUGAGGCGGCGGAAGGAAGCUGAAAAAUCUACGGUUGGCAACAAUCAUGGAAAUGAAGAUGAGAAAGACGAAGAUGCGACACCGAUUACGGGGGAGGCAGAAGAAGAUAAAGACCUAGUCUCGCUUAUGCGUAGGAUAGGGAGUGCGGUAGGGCGCAUGCAUAAGGUAGGCAUCGUGCACGGCGACUUGACGACGAGCAACAUGAUGCUGCGGCCGUGGGAGAAGGGCAGGCAGCCGGUGAAUGGAAAUAAAAGCAGUGAUGAUGGUUUACUGGACGGAGAUAUAAUCAUCAUCGACUUCGGCCUGGCCAGUCAGAGCUCGUCCGACGAGGAUCGCGCCGUUGAUCUCUACGUUCUAGAAAGAGCAUUCGCUAGCACGCACUCGCGCGCCGAGCAACUGUUCUCUGCCACGCUGGAGAGUUCUUACAGGGAAACGUUCAAGCAGGCGCCUGUGGUGAUAAAGAAAUUAGAAGAAGUCAGGAUGCGUGGGCGGAAGAGGAGCAUGAUAGGAUAGACUAUCCUAAGAGUCACAGUCGUAGUCAUUUGAUUAGACACGAUGAUAAGACAAGGAAUAUCUUGCACUUAAAAUGUCUGAGCUUAUAUUAGGGCAACUACGUCGUCCCUAGAA